AUGGAGUACUGUUCGCAAAGUCUCAAGAAUAUAUUGCUAGACAAACCACACGUGUUUGCUAGGCAACCAGGACAACCGCUAAAUUUGUUUGAGUAUUUCAUAUCAUACGGAAUAUUCCGGGAAAUUCUGGAAUGUGUUCAAUAUUUACAUGGUUUGGAUCCCAAAAUCAUUCACAGAGACCUCAAACCCGACAAUAUACUGAUCGCGCAUAAUGUAAGGAACGGUAGGUUUAUUAAAUUAUGCGAUUUCGGUUUGGCUACCGUUCACGAGGACUCCAUGAGCCACACCAACGAUAUCGGAUCCUUUCGCUAUAAAUCGCCCGAAAUGUAUGCCUCAAAAUAUACGGUAACUGCGGAUAUAUAUAGCCUGGGUAUUAUCGCAGAGCAAGUGUUUGAUUUGGAAAUAUCGUACGUUUGA